UUCCGAACGUUGCUUCAGGGACGCGGAAACACUAACCCUAACCUGGCUCGGUAAACUGUUCGGAGGCCGGUGUUUUGUUCAGUUUGGGGAGGUUCAAAAGCUUCGAAUUUUUGGUUUGAACUCCGAUUUGUUCGAAUCUGUCGACGUUAGAUGUCAGCGUCUCUACCGUAUAUAUAAUGUACAUAAAGUACAGUAAACAGAACGGCAGUUUUAUAAUUUCAAAGGUGACAGUAGAGCGAGAAGUGUGUGUCCCAACACUUGUUUACGUAGAGAAACUUUUGCUUGAUCAGCUUGCCGUCCCAGAGUCAAAAAGCAUUUUUCAAACUUGUUCCCUGCUUUUCCUGACGGCGGUAAAAUGUUGCCGCCAAGGUCAAAGCAAACAUGCCAUUGACACGUCCACACACCCACACACGCACAUGGCAUCCCCCCGCGCACGCAAACACACACUCACUAGGAGGGGCACGCCCCAGUAGCCUCGUUUACACGCCGACAUGGUGUUGUGGGAUGCCAGGACAAAUAUAGACGUGAGCCAAGCGUUCUUCAAAGUGACGGCUUUUCAACACGCCGUUUAAUUUUGGAUGCGCUGAGACGCGAGACCAUUAACAAGCAUCAUCUUCACAAACCAACCACGCCGCCGCCCACAUUCGCUUUACCACAUCCGGAAAUUACGCUACAAGAUUUACAAAUAGGCUAUAACAGGUGUACGCCAAAAUAAAAGUUGAAUUCCUUGGUUACACGGUUGAUUUUGUUCAAAUAAUCGCUCGCAACAUCUUAAAUAUUUCUUUGUUUAGGGAGGCGCAAAAAAAUCUUGAAAUAACAACAGACUGUCCAGGUGUCUGUUGAAAAACAAGUUAAAAUAAUACACAUAUUUGAUAAUAGCAACUGAUUUACCACGGAAGUGGAAAGAAUAUAAGAAUUACGCAAUGUAUUUCUUUGCUUCGAGUUUCUGGUUUACUAAACACGUCAGACCCCGGACGUACCAUUUUGAUUUUGGCAAGAGGGUGGUGGGGUUUAUGGGAUGAACCAUAUGAGAUUAAUAUUAAUCUCAUCGCCUCUGAUGUGGAGAAAACUGAUUCGCCGGACUCUUUGUCUCAAUUAGAGUAAACCAUAUUAGUUGAGUGAGUAAACUUUAGCGUAAUUGUGAUUUUAUUUGAGUAAUUAAAAUAGCGUGUUUUUCAGCUUUGCGCUUGCCGUAGUUGUUAAGCGCGCAGUUUGAGAGAGGAGGAAUCGAGCGCUCAGUACUGUCGUCGGUUUUUGAAUAGUAGUCGCCGAUGUACAUAUAGUUUAAUAUUCUUUUUUAAGUCAAGUCACACUUUGAUUUCGAGAGCCAAACAUCUCAUUGGAAGCUCGCCGAUGCGCUGGCAAGGAUGUUAGCAGGCUAAUUUUGGGCCGAAACGCGACGACAACAGAGUGAACAUGAGGAGGAGUUGGGCUCCCAGUCAGGUCGCCAAACGAAAGCAAGCCGACGGUGAGGAUGACCAAGAGUGGACGUGUGCGACGAAGAAAAAAAGAGCUAUAGGGAGCCAAGCGACGCAACCAAGUCCCGUGUCUCUGUUCAGGAGGCCCCUGACACAGCUCAGCGUUGGCCCCGCAUGCCCGGACAGCAACAAACACGAGGAGUUUAUUCGUCGGAUCCUCUCCAGGCCAUUUAAAGUUCCCAUCCCAAAUUACACAGGCCCGCUGGGCAUCCGGACGCUGGGCCUGAAGCGAGCCGGAGUGAGGCGGGCGCUUCACGACCCUUUUGCGGACGAUGCCCUGGUUCUGUUUGAGCCCGAGACGCUGAGCGCCCACGAGCUGCUCAAAAUAGACAAGGACAAAAGUCCUGUCCAUGUGGUUGUGGACCCUGUCUUAGGGAAGGUGCUCAGACCUCACCAAAGAGAGGGCGUCAAGUUCCUGUGGGACUGCGUUACGGGGCGCCGCAUCCCCGGCUCGUUCGGCUGCAUCAUGGCCGACGAGAUGGGCCUGGGCAAGACCCUGCAGUGCAUCGCGCUGGUGUGGACGCUGCUGCGCCAGAGCGCCGACGCCAAGCCUGAGAUCGACAAGGCCAUUGUGGUGUCGCCCUCCAGUCUGGUGCGCAACUGGUACAACGAGGUGUCCAAGUGGCUGGGAGCGCGCGUUGCGCCCCUGGCCAUCGACGGAGGCUCCAAGGACAACAUUGACCGACAGCUCGUGAACUUCAUCUCGCAGCGUGGGCUUCGUGCACCAACGCCGAUUCUCAUCAUCUCCUAUGAGACCUUCCGGCUGCACGCUGAGGUUCUGCACAAAGGCCAAGUGGGACUUAUCAUCUGCGAUGAGGGCCACCGGCUCAAGAACUCCGACAACCAGACGUACCAAGCCCUGAACGCCAUGCGUGCCCAGAGGAGGGUGCUGAUAUCGGGCACACCCAUCCAGAAUGACCUGCUGGAGUACUUUAGCCUGGUGCACUUUGUCAACGCCGGCAUCUUAGGUACCGCUCAGGAGUUCAAGAAGCGAUUCGAGCUGCCCAUCUUGAAGGGUCGUGACGCCGACGCCAGCGAUAAAGAACGACAGGAGGGAGAGGACAAACUCAAGGAGCUCAUUGCCAUCGUCAACAGGUGUUUAAUCAGGAGAACCUCCGACAUCCUGUCCAAAUAUUUGCCUGUGAAGAUCGAGCAGGUGGUCUGCUGCAAGCUAACGCCGCUGCAGACGGCGCUCUACAAACACUUUCUGACGCAGGCCAAGCCCAUGGAGGCACUGCAGACGGGCAAGAUUAACGUCUCCUCCCUGUCGUCCAUCACCUCGCUCAAGAAACUGUGCAAUCACCCAGCUCUCAUCCAUGACAAGUGCUUGCAGGGAGAGGAAGGUUUCCAAGGCACUCUGGAUCUUUUCCCAGGCGGCUACUCCGUUAAAAGUGUGGAGCCGCAGCUGUCAGGCAAAAUGUUGGUCCUGGACUUGAUCCUGGCCGUGACAAGGACCACCACCAGCGACAAAGUAGUGCUGGUCUCCAACUACACGCAAACAUUGGACAUCUUUGAGAGGCUGUGCCACUCCAGAAGGUAUCCCUAUGUACGACUGGAUGGCACCAUGUCCAUCAAGAAGAGGGCCAAGAUUGUGGAGAGAUUCAACAGUCCUGACAACCCAGAGUUCAUCUUCAUGCUGAGCAGCAAGGCGGGCGGCUGCGGUCUGAACCUGAUCGGCGCCAACCGUCUGGUGAUGUUUGAUCCCGACUGGAACCCGGCCAACGACGAGCAAGCCAUGGCGCGGGUGUGGAGGGACGGCCAGAAGAAGACGUGCUACAUCUACAGGCUGCUGUCGACGGGAACCAUCGAGGAGAAAAUCCUGCAACGGCAGGCGCACAAGAAGGCACUGAGCAGCUGCGUGGUGGAUGAAGAACAGGACGUGGAGCGACACUUUUCGCUCGGGGAACUCCGCGAGCUCUUUGCGCUCAACGGAGAGACGGCUAGUGACACGCACGACAAGUUCCGCUGUCGCCGCUGUGUCAAUGGCAUCCAAGUGCGGCCGCCUGCGCCAGAGUUGGACUGCACCAGCGACCUGUCCCAGUGGCACCACUGCUGGGACAAGAAGGGCCUAAGGGACCAAGUGCUGAAGGCUUGCUGGGACGCCGCCACCAUCUCCUUCGUCUUCCACCAGCGCUCCCAUGAGGACCAAAGGGGUGUUGUUUGACUUGGAUUUAUUUCUGCUUAUACAUUUUUUUGUCAGUGUUGCUUUUUUAUCCCCAAAUAAAAGCCCAUUUUUGUAUUAUCACGUACAUUAAUCAGCAGUGCUUCACGAACUUGAACUUGUGCCGGUAGCGUUACAGUAAUGCCUGUAGUUAUCUUAUUUAAUCAUACCGGUCAACUUUUUUUUUUUCUUUACAUUUUUGAAAUCGGCAUCAAAAGGCAUAAAUAUAUCUCAAUUCAAAUGUG